CUACGCCGCGUGUAAGGUUUGUGGACAUCAAAUUUGCCGUCUGGGGCCCAAAGGGGGAACCAAAGAACUGGAGGAUCAUUUCAGCCUCUGUUCUCGAGCAGCAGCAGAUAAUACGGCAUUAAGAUUAGCAGAAAAGCAAUUGAAAAAAGAAAGUAAGAAUCAGACCGAAAAGGAACGUAAAAGAUGAAAUUAAAGCACUCAAUAAGGAAUCUGCAUAUUUAGUGAUGGGUCAAGAAAGUGAAACAAUCCCAUUGGAAGAAAUUACCAAAGCUCGCCUGACGCGUGCUUGUCUGUCGGAAAUUCCUCCAUCGAUAGUGCAAUUUUUCACUGAUGGAAAAUCUCUAAAGGAUAGACCAAUGAACUUUUACGAAGAGCUUCAAGUACAAUUGGACGUACUUUGGCAACGGUUUAGUGAAGCUAAGAACGAAGCUUACACCGCUUACACAGAGGCGCAAAACGGUGCAAUUUUUACGAAGCAACAGGCAAUUUACACUGUCCAAAACGCAACGACAGUCCAACCCAAUCUUCACCUUGGGCUUUCCUAUUCCUCGGAGAAUGGCAUUGACAUCACCUGGGUGCCCACCGAUGUUAAGUUUGGGUGUUUUUGGUGUUUUUGGUGUUUGGCGUUUUGGUGGAGAUCAAUCAACUUUUUGUCGUCCAAGAGUUCGUCGGGAUAG